AUGGAUGACAAAAUGGAGUCCAGGAACUUGGCAAUAGGAAUAGUGCUCUCACUUCAGGGUGUAUUUGGAAUUCUGGGCAACUUCUCUCUUCUUUUCCACUAUCUACUCCUUUACUACAAUGAAGGCAAAUUAAAGACCAUAGACUUGAUUCUUACACAUGUGUUCACAGCCAACUCUUUGGUCAUUUUCUCCAAAGGAAUGCUACAGAUAACAGGAGCUUUUGAAUGGAAUCAGUUCUUCAAUGGUAUUGGAUGCAAUAUUAUUUUAUAUAUUCUCAGACUUGGCAGGAGUAUGUCUACCUAUACCACCUGUCUUGUGAGUGUCUUCCAGGCUAUCACCAUCAGCCCCUGGAAAUCCUGUUGGAAAGAUCUCAUAGUCAAAAUUCGAAGACUCAUGGGUUUCUUCAUUUUAAUCUUCUGGGUCAUACACAUGAUGAUGAAUAUGAUUUUUCCUAUAUAUUCAUCUACCAGGAGGAAGACAAAAAAUACUACACAAAAAAGAUAUGGAUUCUGUUCCUCUUUUCUAGGUCAUAAUAAUGUAAGAGAAUCACUAUACACAGCUUUUUGGGUAUUUCCAGAAGUCUUGCUUUCUGUAGUCCUGGUCAUUUCAAGCAUCACCAUGAUUGUCAUACUGUAUGGACACAAGAAGAGGGUUCAAAAUAUACACAGUGCUCGUGUUUCUCCCAGAAACUCUCCUGAGACCAGAGCCACCCAGAACAUUCUAGUCCUGGUGUGCACAUUUCUCACUUUUUAUACACUGACUUCCAUAUUACAAGGCUUCAUUACCUUUUCUCAGAAUCCUAGUUGGUGGCUAGUUAAUAUCACAGCUAUCAUUUCUAUGUGCUUUCCUACUGUAGGCCCCUUUGUCAUGAGCCGUGAUAUCAUUCUUUCACGAUCCUGUUUAUCUUGGAUGAGGAAUAUAUAA